AGGAGAGAGAGAAAGAGCAAAGAGAGGAAAAGAGAGUCUGUGCGAGGUGGGGCAGGAGGGGAGGUGGGGCAAGUGUGGGAGAGGCAGAAGGGUGUGUGCUCACAUGAACCACUCUUCCCCUUUUUUUGCCACUAAGCUCUGUCUGUCUUUCAGGCAGGGAAUAGAAAAGUUGGGGGCAAAGUCUGAUUCAGCUCCAGCAGCUCACAGACACUCACAGCAACUCCCUCCACAGUGACAGGUUUCUUCUCUCCCUUCUUUUUAUACUGCUCUCUCACUCAUUCACAUUCUCUCUCUUUCACACACACACACACUCACACACACAGACACACACACAAACCACUCGUCACUCCUGGCAGAGAGAAGACAGGACCACAGGAGAACUGUUACACACCUUUACUCCUAGAUACUUACCCAGCCGUCGGCAGACGAUUUGCCCAGGAUGUGGAUGCUUCUCUUGGGGGUCACCUUUGGAUUACUGGCCUCCUCCAGGUCGGAAGAACUUAAAGUGAAUUCUCGUGGUUGCAGCUAUGCCGGGGUUUUCCUGGUUGAGGGAGCAGACCGUCACUCCCUGAGUUUUGACAACGCUCAAAAAGUGUGUGAGCAGCUGGGGACCACCUUGGCAAGCUAUGAUCAACUUGAGGAGGCCUAUAAUAAAAAAAUGCAAACAUGCAGGAACGGCUGGAUCAGCAACAAGACCACUGCCAUCCUCAGACACACCCCACAUGUAAACUGUUCAAGGAACAUGACUGGGAUAAAACUUCAUUCAUAUGUAAACGUUGAGGAGCUCUUUGAUGCAUACUGCUAUGAUCAAGAAGAUGGGCCUGAAAAGAACUGUACCAAAGCCUUUCGACUGUCUGGAGCUUCAUCCUCAGAUUCACCAGAACAAGGCAAGACAGAGACGCCUGCAGAUGCAACAAGUGAGACCACCAUCGCCCCUGGGGAAGGUGUAAUACUGACCCCAUCUACCACAGUAAUGACCACAGUGACUCCAGGAAAGCCAGACACUUACACUGUGGGUAAAAAAGAAAACAUUGGAGAGAUUGAGAUUAGCACCGCACCUUUCACUCCCGGUGAGUUUGACCAGGUCACUGGUUCAGGGAUGCAGCCAACUGAAGAGGAAGAAAUAACUACAAGGGCCCCUGUUGGAGAGCCAGAGGAACCACAGGGCAGCACUGAAAAUGAGCCGCCAAGCAAGACAACAGAAGAGGGAAGCAGAACAGAGUCACCACCACCACCACAACAACCUAUGAGCGAAGAUCAGCAUCCUAAAUCAUCUGAGCAUGAUGGGCAGCCAAGCAAUCUAAACUGGCUGGUAGUCAUUUUAGUGAUUGUGGCAGUUACUAUUAUUCUCCUCGUGUGUGUAGCUGUUGCCAAAAGAAACAGUUGGUGCGGCAAACAUCAGACCCUGAUAAUCACACCCAAAGAUGGUGAAGGGAACGGGGCAGCAGCAUCCAGUUCUCACGCCCAGGAGAGAGAGCAAGAAAUGGUGACCCUCAUGAAUAAGGAGAAGAUCCAGGAGAAUGGCAACACAGAGGAAUUCACCGUCAUCACGCUAGAGGAGUCGCCAGAUAAAGAACAGCUGGCGUGAGAGAGGAGUGUAGAGGCAGGCAGGAAAGAGUAGGAGAGGAUAGGAAGGAUAGAGUGGUUGGGUGGGAUGGGGCUUCAAACAAUUGGAAGUAAAAAACUGCAUUGGUGGCCAGCACUGAAUGGACACUGAAUAAAGGUUAUGUGUGUCUGGAAAGAUUGUCUUACUGAGGUACCAAGUCUCUCAGUGGGACCAGGUCUUUCAACGUGUACAGCAUUUUGUUUGUGUGAUAUACCAGGUUAGUUAGAACUGAAUACAAGGUGGUGAUAUCAUGCAUUGGGUGCAUAGCAGGGUGUGAAUGUGUUUUGAGUCAGUUCUGUGUUUGUAUGCUGGAUGUUUUGUUAAUGAUGGACAUGGGCUUUAAAGGGAGGGGGUGGUUAGGGUCUAAUUUGUGAAGAUGACAAAUUGGUGUAUUUUUUUUCUUUUCUUUUUUAUAGAAUUGGUGGAUUUUAAAUUGUAGGGCCUUUCAGUCUAAAUGGGAAAUAAUGUGAGUCCAAUGAGGAUUGGGUUAUUUACUGCUGAUAGAAAAAUAUAAUUUUGAUCAAAUCAACCCAUGUUUUUAAUGGAAUUGCUUUGUUUUGUUUUGCCUAUUGUUGUAACCUUGUGUAUAUUUCAGACAUUGCCUGUGGACUAGAGUUUGGUUGUUUUUUUUUCCAUUUUCAAGAAAACUGGGGAUGUCACUACCUUUAUUUAUGCAGAUUCCUUUUUUUUCUUGGUCUUUGUAUAUAAAUUAUAUAUGUUUUGGAAAUAUCUUAGCAAUAGCUGCCAGUGCUUUUUGUUGUUUGGUAGAACAGGGCUUUGUGUCCCUUUGAAAUAAAGGAAUGUGUCUGAAAGUUAUUUAAUUAGAAACAGUCCAAGAUCAAUAAUUGUGAAUGAAUUUUGCAAUAGUCAAAGUGGAGUGGAUAUAGUAUGAAUCAACUUGAUGUAUAAAACUGUGCAAUUGAUGCAACAUUGAAGUCAGUUAAUAUGGUAUGCAUUUAUAUUAAGUUGUGAAUAGUCCCUGAUGUUAUCCUGAGGAUAAGUAAAAUGACGAAGAUAAUGUAUACAUACUAUAUACACAGUGUGUACAUUGAUUAAGGAAAACAAGAGCAAAAGAAAGAAUUGGACAAAGCAGAUUAACCAUUUUUAAAAUGCAAGCUUUAAGCUCAGUCGAGGCAGUGAAUGACAGCGGCCUGGCUUUAGAUGCUAAACUACAUGGCACAUAUGAUAAUGGGGGGCCCAUGUGCUGUAAACACAUAGCAAUGUAACGGUUUGGCGGGCUGUGACAACGUUGUGUGCUCCUGGGGGGAGGGGUGUAAUGAAUGAAGCUUGUGUGCUUCGCCUAUAGGCCUCAAUGUGCCAGUCAAUCUGUACAUGCACACACGUGAGCAAAAUGCUGCUUUUCUACUGACCUUCUCAUUGUUGAAAUAUAAUGUCAUACACUGUGUCGUAUCAAGAUUAUUCCCUGUGUGGCGGCAAAUGUCUCCCGGUUUUUCAGCGUGACGCUGAAUUAUAUACAGCGUUUGCAAACUGAUUUCUCAUUUCUGACAUUCCGUUUUUUUUUCCUCUGCUUUUGCUCUUAUAUGAUUCAUUUCAAGGAGAAGUAGCAAAAUGUGCUUGUGUAGGCAGUUUUUAUGACAAAUUAACCAAAUACAUCGCUGAAAAGAUUUGUAAAGUCAUGAACAAAAUAAACGUGUUUAGAACGAGA